AUGAACAGAUUGGGAACUCUCACCCGCAGAAACCGUGAAAUUUCGCGACAGCAUCAUGCAUCAUGGCUUAGCAAGACGAUAACCGCUUUCCUGCAACCUCUGCCUCGGGUGGCGGCCAUUAAUCCGAUCCCAGUGGUGACUUUUAUUGCUCUCCUCGCGAGCUUGACCUACAUUGUCCUUCUCGAAGACACCCUCAACGGAAGUAACGCUACUCUUGCCACAGGCUACGCCGAGACUACCUGGCCAUCUCUUGCCCGAGGAAGUCGGCAACUACGCACGACUCCAACGUCGAAUUGGACAUGGUAUUACGACGAUUUAGAGCCCUCAGACCCAAUCGAUCAUGUUGCGCUCCUUACCCUCGUCUUCCCCGGCACUACGCCAGGUAAUACAGUUUCUAUUGAAGAUAUCCAAAGCAAAGUCGGCUCCGUUACGCUGCUGUCCUCCAAGUCCCAUCCACGUCCUGUGGAUGUGCAGGAUACGACGCUCUCAUUCUGCAUCCCGUACUUUGAAGCACCUAGGCACCUGGAUUCACUUCAAGAAAUUUCAAUCAAUGACGACACGAAUACGAAAGAAGAUAACAGACGGCUCGAGGGAGAAAAAUGGGUCAUGAGGGCAGCGAGAGAGCACAGCCAGGGCAUGGAUCGUAACAGAUCACGUAUCGGAAUUGCUCAAUGGAUUCGCAACUCUUAUUCGGAGUUGCUCGAUCUCUUGCGGACAACCCAGACACUCGAUAUUGUCUUUAUGGCUCUUGGUUAUGCGUCCAUGAACGUUACGUUUGCAUCCUUGAUAAUUUCCAUGAGACGCUUAGGUUCACGGAUAUCACUAGCUGCAAGUGUUUUGAUCUCCUCCUUCUUCGCCUUUUUGUUCGGUCUUUUAGUUACUACGAAGGGCUUCCACGUUCCAAUCAGUAUGCGUCUCCUUUCAGAGGGCCUACCGUUCUUGGUUGUUCUCAUCGGCUUCGAGAAGAACAUUACGCUCUCCCAGUCAAUCCUGUCGCAUGCGAUCAAACACAAACAGUCAAGAGGCCCCUCGAACAUUGCUAGAUAUGCCGUCGAGACUGCCAUACAGGAGACAGGGUUUAGUAUUGUCAGAGACUACACCAUCGAAAUUCUACUCCUAGUUGCUGGAUCGUUAUCUGGUAUUCAAGGGGGACUCCAAGAGUUUUGCUUCCUUGCCGUAUGGAUUCUUUUUUUCGACUGCGUUCUUCUCUUUCUCUUUUACACUCCCGUUCUGUGUAUUAAGUUGGAGAUCGACAGGAUCAAGCGUCAUGCUGACAUACGCGACGCUCUCGAAGACGACGGAAUCAGUCACCGAGUCGCUGAGAAUGUUGCGCGAGUCAGCAGCUCGGGAACAGCCAGCAUGUUUGGAAGUCAGGUCGGCAACUUCCAAAACAUUCCAAGCCUCAAGGGCUUCAUGGCUGGAUGUAUUGCGCUGCUGGUUCUUGUGAACGUGGGCUACUUAGCAUAUAUUGAGGGCGCGACCUUCCUCUUGACCGGCUUUCCCAUGUGGUCUCGUUACCUAAGCAGCGCAGUUAUCACCAAUCCCUCUGUUGAUCCCUUUAAAGUUGCUCCUCAUGGCCUUGAAUCUUUGCUACUGUCAGCCAGAAUAAGUGGCCAGGGAUUAGCCGUCAAUGUUCUAAGGCCUAUCAGAUACGAGUUGACAGAGGCUCUCGGCUCAAACACCAACAAUCAGGCCGGAGUUGUUUCGAGUGGCUUUGCUUUUCACGCUGCUGGCAGAAGUGUUGCCGAUAGUCUGCUCAGUAGCCUUGAAGAUCCAGUACUUCAUAAGUGGAUUAUGGGUGCCCUGUCACUUAGCGUUGCCUUCAACAUCUACCUGUACAAUGCAGCGAGAUGGGGCAUCAAGAACGACAUUGAUGCGACAGAUGGUGGUCGUGUCAGCCAACAGAACGAUACCCUCGCCAGUGACAUUACCUCAGGCAGCACAAGCAUGUCCCAAUGCCAUAACAUCGGCUCUACGAGAACUCUGGAACAUAUCGUAGAACCUGACGGGCUCGUUCAGCCAGCGUCAAUACAUACUGCAGCGUUUCCGGAAGAACCAAAGCUAUCUCGACGCACUGACCAGGAAAUGAUUGACAUGCACCAAGCAAAACGGACUCAUGAGCUUGGAGAUGAGGAGGUAGUGGUUCUAUCCCUUCGGGGUAUGAUACCCGGGUAUGCCCUGGAGAAAGCUUUGAACUUCGAUUACGGUCGAGCGGUAAAAGUCCGCCGAAACAUCAUCUCUCGAGCUAAAGUAGCCGCAAAUCUGACGUACUUGCUUGAAGACUCGAAUCUCCCAUACAAAGAUUAUGAUUGGUCUCAGGUCUUUGGCGCCUGUUGCGAAAAUGUCAUCGGCUACAUGCCAAUUCCUGUUGGGGUCGCAGGACCUCUUAUCAUUGACGGAAGAAGCUACUUUAUCCCUAUGGCCACUACAGAAGGCGUGCUUGUCGCCAGCACCAGUCGCGGUGCCAAGGCUAUAAAUGCAGGCGGUGGUGCGGUUACCAUACUAACAUCAGAUGGUAUGACGCGAGGGCCAUGUUUAGGCUUCAAGUCUGUUGAGCGUGCGGGUCAAGCAAAGUCAUGGAUUGAAUCCGAAGAGGGGCGAACAACGAUUGAAGGUGCUUUCAACUCGACGAGCAGGUUUGCCCGCCUUCAGGGAAUAGACUCAGCCCUUGCGGGAACAUGUCUCUAUGUUCGAUUCAAGGCAUCUACUGCCGACGCUAUGGGUAUGAACAUGAUUUCCAAAGGGGUCGAAAAAGCCCUUUCCGUGAUGAAAGAGGCGGCUUUUGAGGACAUGGAAAUCGUGACGCUUACCGGCAACUACUGCACUGACAAGAAAGCCUCAGCCAUGAAUUGGAUCCAGGGGCGGGGCAAGAGUGUCGUUGCAGAGGCGCUUAUCCCGAGUGAUGUAGUAAAAAACGUACUCAAGACUGACAUUGACGCAUUGGUGGACGUUUUUGUCAACAAAAAUAUGAUUGGGUCCGCUAUGGCAGGCUCUAUUGGAGGGUUUAACGCACAAGCAGCGAAUAUCGUUGCUGCAAUCUUCAUCGCCACCGGACAAGACCCAGCUCAGGUGGUAGAGAGCGCCAACUGCAUCACCAUUAUGAAGAGAGCCGGCGAAUUCCUGCACAUAACGGUAUCGAUGCCGUCAAUCGAAGUGGGCACUCUUGGAGGUGGAACAAUUCUGGAUCCUCAAGGUGCCAUGUUGGAUCUACUUGGAGUUCGGGGUCCUCAUGGCACGCAACCUGGCGCAAACGCCCGUCGUCUGGCUCGUAUCAUCGCAGCAGCCACCAUGGCUGGCGAGCUGUCGCUUUGCAGUGCCUUGGCAGCUGGUCACCUCGUUACAGCACACAUGCAACAUAACCGCUCGGUAGCGCCCACUAGAUCAAACACACCAGCGCCGGCAACCAGGCCGACUGCAUCUCUUAGUUCAAACAAGACGAAAUAG